AUGCUCUCGUCCCUGUUUCUCAUGGCCUUUUUCGCCGCCGUCGCCACGGCCAAUCGGCUCGCCGGAAUGUAUCAAGCUCUUUUCUUUUAUCAAGUCUACAGACUUGAUGUCGAUGCCAACGGCCUCGAGAACUGUCAUAUGGCACCCUCUUGUCGUCUAAACAACGAUGUUUGCGAUCUCGAGACUUUUAUGAGGAAAGUCUCGCUUGUCAAGCCCAAACCACUUUUCUUCAACGGUGAACCCGUGAUUGAUCCAGCGACAAAUAGACAAUUCGAUUUCAACGAUCCUGAUUUUGAUCAAGUUAACUGGGAUCUUGUUGGCGAGGGAGAUGAUCUCGGCAUCUUUACCACAGAGAUGCAAAAAUCUGAUUUCAAGGGCGAUAUCAAAAACGACGUAUUGUUCAAAGAUUGGGGGGGCCAGAACAGUUUUGAUGGGGUCAUGAGCAAAGCAGAGGAAAUUACCAAAAACGCAAUCUCUAAAUUGAACGUCGACGGUAGGGAGCCUGCCCAGGGUGUCAUAAAUAGGAUGCUUGCUGCGAUUCAAACUCACGCAACUGCUCGACAAAUCGAUCUGAUGAAGUCACUCACCAGCGAACUUACCUUGUUCCUGCAGUUGAAUGGAUUCUCGGCCGUAUUGACAGAUCCGAUUGAAAAACCACCAAUAGCAACUUAUCAAGAGUUGGAUAUCGAUGGUACUAUCCGCGAAAACCAGGGUAAGACUGGUUUCAAUACGGAAUUCGAGCUGACACUAAGGACCUUUAUUAUAAACAAAGUGAAAGCAACUGGGAGACCGAAAACACAUCUCAACACUGUUUUAAAAGCGCUGAGUGUGUACAAAAAUCUGGCUGAGGUCUGCAAUGCCACAUGA